AUGGCGACAAAUGCACGCACGUCUUUCUACACCGAAGUUCGAGAACAAUACGGACCGCCGACCGCUCAGCUGCUCAAGCUGUACGCAAACAACAACACGAAAUUGGGUAAUAUGCAAAGUCGCAAAGAGUUCUUGCUAAAAUGCCGCCGAGCCGGAAUCAUACCUUUGCAUAUCGUUCACUCCGUCCCGUGUGCACAAGAACUCAUCGCAUCGAGGAGCCCGUACACCCAAAAGCUGUCCUCGUCAGUGUUUCGAUUUCGCAAAUCAUUGCUGAGCAUCGAAAUACAGGACACUUUCCACAGGGUUAGGCUACUAAACCAAGAGCUGGAAAAACUGCGAGAGCAAAUCGUACAUCAAACCCGAUCAGAAACGUACACACGGUUCUUUCUGACUCAGGAAUUCGCAUACUACGACAACCUUCGUCGAAAAUCACAACAAACGGCUCGUAAGUAUAACAACCUGUUGAGCCGAUCCGUUGAAGCUAAUCACGCCUCGCUUCCGACUGAAAACUGCGGCGCCAUCCUCAAUGCGACCAACAAAACCGUACCGCCAGAAACACUAAUCCUUCUCAGCCUCGGUCCGAAAUUCGCUCUUCCCUACAACAACAUAAAACAGAUGCCUCUUUUCCAUCUGAUCGCGGAUGUGGAGAACAUUUUAUCAGCCCACACGAACACCGAACUUCGGGAACAGACCAGAUGCCGGAUCAUCAACAAAACGCAAAACUUUGUAAACAGGCACACCGGCGACAAUCGCUGCAACCCACUGGUUCGAUUCUGCCAAUCUGCAACCACCGUCACAACAAAAUUCAUCAAAUCAAACCCGGACGUUCUCAUCACCGAAGCUGAUAAAGGCAACCGAACCGUCAUAAUGAGUCUAGCGGACUAUGACAACAAAAUGCAACAGCUGAUCGGAGAUACCAAUACGUACCGACAGAUCAACCAUGACCCGACGGGACGACAAAAUAUAAUAUUUUCAUAA